CACCUGUCGCUCGAUCACGGAAGCAAACCCAUGCGGUUUAAUAUUCCUUUAUGUUUUAGUCACUAAAGAAAACUUGGAACCCAGUGCAGAAUCCAUGUUAUAUAUCACAUCCUUUCUCCUGUUUAUCGUCACCUAUCUUCCUCCUGUUUGCUCCACUUUGCAUGAGAAGUUGCAGUCAUGUUCAACUCCAGCUAUAUAAUUAACUGAGUGAAAUUCUGAAAUCAAUAAUACCACAAUGUCCGCGAGCUUGCCUGGUUCCAAAUACACACCAAAUAGGCUGGAAAACAUUGAGGAAGACAGUCCGUUAGGUUGCCUACAAGUGACUUGCCCUACACCAGAAACGCCUACUGAAUCCAUGGAGUUUCUUGCUAGAUCAUGGAGUCUCCCGGCUGUGGAACUUUCAAAAGCUCUUUCCCACACACAGAUUGCUGGUAACCAUGUUGAGAAGUCCCCUCUAUGUUCAGUUGGUGCUGAUCAAACCCAACUUAGAAGCUCUGCGGUUUCAAAGGAAUUUCAACCUAAAGAAUUACCAAAAGCUGAAAGCCCUCCAAUUUCUCCAAGAGGAAGUGAUGAUACAAAGCUCUACAGGAGCAUCAUGAGGGGAAAUACAGUGAGUAGAUUCCUGAAAGAUCAAAAAGAAAGGAAGAAGCAGGAGCUAAGAACCCAGAGUGCCCAAUUGCAUGCAGCUGUAUCUGUGGCAGGAGUUGCUGCUGCUGUCGCUGCUCUUGCGGCCUCAUUAGCAACUGGACCUGAAAAGGCAACUUUCCAAAAUAAGGCACCUUCAAAAACUUCUGCUGCAAUGGCAUCUGCAGCUGCUCUGGUAGCUUCGCAUUGCGUUGAGAUUGCAGAGGACAUGGGAGCUGAUCAUGAGCAAAUCCUAUCAGUUGUUGGUUCUGCAAUUAACGCGAGGACAAAUGGCGAUAUCAUGACCCUUACUGCUGGAGCAGCCACAGCCUUGAGAGGGGCUGCCACGUUAAGGGCAAGGUUGCAGAAGGGGUACGGAGCUUCCACCAUUGCUCUGGCUGAGCAGCAGACUGAAGAAGGUAAAGAAUUGAAUGUCUUGACAGCAUUGAAUUUUGUCUCCAAAGGUGGAGAAAUUCUUAAACGCACAAGAAAAGGUGUAGUCUCUGGAGUCUAUAGAGACAUCCCAGCAUGGCCCAGAGGAGAGUGGCAGGAUAGCAACGAACAGAGGGCCUACUUUGGGAUAAAAACAGCAGACAGGGUGAUUGAAUUUGAAUGCAGAAACAAAGGUGACAAACAGAUGUGGAUUGAGGGGAUCCAGCAUAUGUUGCAUUGCCGUGCAAACAUGACAUGA